AUGGUUCUCCGGAUCGUGUGCACCCUCUCCGCACUUCUUAUCACUUUCGCGGCAGCUUCAGUGGACUGCACUCGCGAAGACGCAUGCUUUGGAGAACCGGCAGGUUGCGACCCAAAGAUUAACUGCCGCACGCUUUUCCAUUUCGACGCAUUCGGAAAUUUGGAUCUCUUCCUCCGAAAUUUUGUCGAUCCGCUCGGCUACGCGGCUUUUGCAAUCGAUCAACACGCGGAUGAGACGAUCGAAUACUUCCUCUGUGUUCCGUACCAAAAUUUACGAGUUCGAGCACUCGCGACACUGGGUGAAGCGAUUAUUGUUAUCAAUCAGGUAAGCGAAAUAGAAAAAGAAUCAGGCUAGAAUGAUUUAUUGCUAAAAAGGUGCGAUUCAAUAAAGUUUGAUUGAAUCACUUGACAUGAGUUUCAGUGUUAUGAGACCAAAACAUCCUCCUUAACUCUAUCUUGAUACAGUUUUUGAUUACAAAAGCCAAACUGUCAUGGCCUAACGGUGAAUUUUCGGGACAAAACGAGGAUGCUUUGAUUUCUGCGCCAGCAAAAUCUCUAGUCCGGUCCGGAAUCUUGCAAGUUCAGUUUCUACAAAUCCCGUAAGAUACUAUUUCAGAACCUGACGGGUAUCAUCGAAAAAGUCGGACCAUAUCACUUCCGCUGCCAUUUCAAUGCUGUGGAAUUCUCGGAACAUUUUCACGUGGAACAACACUUUUUUGUGUCAAAAGGACGGUUUGAUGAGGCUCUGGUCAUAUUUGACGGCGAUCAGUUGUUCAGUUUGGAUUGGCAAACAAGCGUCGACGAUGAAAGUUACGAAUCUGACCUUGACUUGGAAGAAGAUGAUUUGCUCAGAGAGGAGGAAAUGCAAAGUCCGGUGGAGAGCGAAACCUGGAAUGAUAAGAAACACCACUUUUCGGAAAGCAACAAAGCGCUCGAGAUGAACGUGUUGACAGAGGAAAAAGAAAGUCGUCCCAGUCGGUAUAGAGAGCAUCAUGAGAACAAGGUAAAUUACUGAAGUUACCUUAAUUACUUUACUGAAGUCUGUUUUUUAAAAAAAAUUGUGAUGAAAACAAUGUUCCAGAAAAAUCGCAUCGUGCCGCAGUUCUCAAACCAAACCGAAUCAGAUUUUGAAGAAAACUUGAAGGAUUUUGACAACGUGAUGGUUCCUUUGGAGCCGCACAUCGACACCCUCGAGCAGGAUGAAAAAGAUUACGAAGAGGCGAUCAUGAGGAUGAUUGAAGCAAGAGGAAAGAAGAAAAUAAGAGUUGACACCGAGUACGAUGACUACGAAGAGUGA